CUUUUUUUUCCAUCAUGGCUACUGUAGCUGCUUGUGAACACUUGACCAUGUACAUUGUCGUGCGAAAGGAUCUUGCAAAGACUUUGAAGUGGCCUACUGGAAGUGUGAUGGCUCAAGCAUGUCAUGCGGCAACAGCUGUUUUACAUACAACUCGAAAUGAUUCAAAUACCAUCAAAUACGUAGAAGAUCACGAACGAAUGCAUAAAGUUGUAUUAGAAACAAAAAAUGAAGAAACGUUGGGUGAUCUAGUAGCAUCUUUACAAGCACAUAAUAUUCCUCUAUAUCGAUGGGUGGAACAACCUGAAAAUAUCCCUACUGCUAUGGCAACAGCACCUAUACCGGAACGAUCACCUGAAGUCAAGGAUUUAUUCAAAAAAUACUGUUCUCUUUAUAGAUAAAUUUCUCUUUAUGAAUUUUAAUUCUAGUUUUGUAUUCUAGUUUAGAUCAAAUAAACUUUUUUCUUUUGGUGCCUUUAA